GAGGAGGCAGUGGCGCAGCCUGAAUCAGGACCUCUUGAGCAGUUUAUUCCUAAGCAACCCCCAUCCCAUCUCCGACACCGAAUUUGCUCACCGGUAGAUACAAAAAGUAUCGCGUACUACACUCAACCCGCGCAUCUAAUUCUCGCAUCCAUAAACGAUCAAAAUGCUUACCCUGGCCAUCCCGCCUUCUCCCACCCAGCGCGAAUACCUUGCGAGCAGCCCCGUCGUCUCCGCACCACCGAACAGAUCCGCCUGUCCGAUAUGCUACUACAACUGGAAUGUAGGUAAUGAGACAAUCCCACAGACGCAUUGCGGUCAUAUGUUUCACCGAGAGUGCCUAAUCACCUGGUUCGGCGCCAAGGAAGUCGAAAGCGCGAAUACAUGUCCCAGCUGCCGGGCGGUGUGCUUCCCCAGUGAGCCGAUGCAAUCUAGCAAUGCAGAGAUAACUGGAGAGCGCAGUCAAAAUUCCGAGUACUUGUCGUUCCUUUAUCAGAGUAUUUUAUGUUGCGGAGUGAGUAGUGUGGACUCAGUAUAUCACGUGAGGGAUAGGAGAGGAAGAUUGAAGUAUCUAUAUCUUCUUAUUUAGAUCUUUUUAGCUUGAUCUAUUUAUCGUUUUCCACAAUAGAUCAAUCCUAGGUGCUGCAUAUUUUACGCUGUGUGUAUGGACGCGCACU